GGGCGCGGGGACCUGCCGGGCGCGGGCGGCCCUGGGCCCGGGCGGCCGCGGGGCAGCGGCGGCGGGACCAUGUCGGUGGCGGGGCUCAAGAAGCAGUUCCACAAAGCCAGCCAGCUAUUCAGUGAAAAAAUAAGUGGAGCAGAAGGAACAAAGCUAGAUGAGGAAUUUCAAGAGAUGGAAAGGAAAAUUGAUAUUACUAAUAAAGCUGUAACAGAGCUUCUGUCCAAAUCCACGGAAUACCUUCAGCCAAAUCCAGCAUACAGGGCCAAGCUGGGAAUGCUGAACACUAUGUCAAAGAUCAGAGGACAAGUUAAAGCCACAGGCUACCCCCAGACAGAGGGACUCCUGGGAGACUGCAUGAUACGGUAUGGCAGAGAGCUGGGCGAUGAGUCUAUGUUUGGACUUGCACUACUGGAUGCUGGUGAGAGCAUGAAGCAAAUGGCAGAAGUGAAGGACUCUCUUGAUAUUAAUGUCAAACAAAAUUUUAUUGAUCCUCUACAGUUAUUGCAGGACAAAGACUUAAAAGAGAUUGGGCAUCACUUGAAGAAACUGGAAGGGCGCCGCUUGGAUUAUGAUUAUAAAAAGAAGCGUUUUGGAAAGAUACCUGAUGAAGAAGUUAAACAAGCAGUAGAAAAAUUUGAAGAGUCAAAGGAGCUGGCUGAAAGAAGCAUGUUCAAUUUCUUAGAAAAUGAUGUAGAACAAGUCAGCCAGUUGGCUGUGUUUGUAGAAGCAGCACUAGAUUACCAUAAACAAUCCACAGAAAUUUUGGAGGAUCUGCAGAGCAAGCUGCAAAACCGGAUAAAUGUAGCAUCCAGUCGGCCUAAGCGGGAAUUUAAGCCAAAGCCUGUAAUAACUACAACUCUGGAAAUUGGUGAUAAUCAGCAGCACAAUGGGAUUGCCUAUAGUUCUUCCAUAAAAUCAUCAGGUUCUUCAGUGCACAUGGAUCAGCCUUGCUGCCAAGCUCUCUAUGACUUUGAGCCAGAAAAUGAAGGCGAGCUUGGAUUUAAGGAAGGGGACAUCAUAACUCUGACCAAUCAGAUUGAUGAGAAUUGGUAUGAGGGGAUGUUAAAUGGAGAGUCUGGCUUCUUCCCCAUUAAUUAUGUUGAAGUGAUAGUUCCCUUGCCUCAGUGAUCGUGUCAUUCGAGCUGUGAACAUGAUUUCAUGACUGAAAUGGAUUCACAAAUGUUCUGUCAGUGUGGCAUUCUGUGAAAGCCUUGCUAUUUGACUGACUUACUGACUUUUGUAUGCGUCUUUUUAAAAUGUAUUUAUUUUAUAUUCAAAAAAAUUUCACCUCCCCUGAUUUGUCAACCUGCAAAAAAACCCAUACCCAGUUUUUUUGCUUUGUGCCUUGAAGAUCACUGUAUGAAGUGUUUACUGGUAGCUCACUGUUGCUCCAAAAACGAAUUUCCUUGCUAUUAUUGUAUGUGGGUUUUUUUAUCUUUGGCUGCAAUGAUUUUACUAUUGAAAACCAUUUAAAAAAUACUGUUAGUGAAGCUAACUGUAACCAGUUCCUAAGUUACUGAUGUCCUUGAGCUGUUUUCAUCUAUCACAUUAUAAUUUAUUGUGAACAAGUUAAUUCAUCUUUUGCAUUGUAUGUUGACAAAAGGCAAAGUGGUUGUUGUCAAUAUUAAGAUGAUGUUGUACUAAGUACAAGUUCUCAGCAUUGAAAAUUGGUAUAAUUUACUGACCAAACUGAAUAAAUAUUUCUGUGGGAUAAGAAAA